AGGAGACGCCGGAAGUGGGGGAGGGGCCGGCGGCGCGGGCGAGGGUGGGAAUCUUUUUCGGGCUCCCGGGGGCGGAGGGAAGGGAGCGCGCGUGCGCGCGCCCGGCGGGCCGUCGCCGCGGUGACCGUCCUCGCAGUCCGUCGGCUCGCGUCCCGCCCCCGUCGCCCCCUCCCCUGUCGCGCGCUGGGGCUGUUUCUCGCUCCUCCCGAGUUACUGCCGCCGUCGCCGCCGCUCCUCCUCUCCCGGUCCUGGGUUUCCCUGGCGCUGCGGCCGCCGCUCCCUCUGCGACCUGUAUGAGGAGGAGGAGGAGGAGGAUGUGAAGAUGGCGGAGCUGCAGAUGCUGCUGGAAGAGGAAAUCCCGGGGGGCCGCCGGGCCCUCUUCGACAGCUACACAAAUCUGGAACGGGUGGCCGAUUACUGCGAGAACAACUACAUACAGUCAGCAGAUAAGCAGAGAGCCCUAGAAGAAACCAAAGCCUACACCACCCAAUCCUUAGCAAGUGUUGCCUAUCUGAUAAACACCUUGGCCAACAAUGUCCUGCAGAUGCUGGAUAUCCAGGCAUCCCAGCUACGAAGGAUGGAAUCUUCAAUCAAUCAUAUUUCACAAACAGUUGAUAUUCAUAAAGAGAAAGUUGCAAGAAGAGAAAUUGGUAUUUUGACUACCAAUAAAAACACUUCAAGGACACAUAAGAUUAUUGCUCCAGCCAACCUUGAACGACCAGUUCGUUAUAUUAGAAAACCUAUUGACUAUACAAUUCUAGAUGAUAUUGGACAUGGAGUAAAGGUGAGUACCCAGAACAUGAAGAUGGGUGGGCUGCCGCGUACAACACCUCCAACUCAGAAGCCCCCUAGUCCCCCUAUGUCAGGGAAAGGGACACUUGGGCGGCACUCCCCCUAUCGCACACUGGAGCCAGUGCGUCCUCCAGUGGUACCAAAUGAUUACGUACCUAGCCCAACCCGUAAUAUGGCUCCCUCGCAGCAGAGCCCUGUGAGGACAGCUUCUGUGAAUCAAAGAAAUCGAACUUACAGCAGCAGUGGGAGUAGUGGAGGGAGCCACCCAAGUAGUCGGAGCAGCAGUCGAGAGAACAGUGGAAGUGGUAGUGUGGGGGUUCCUAUUGCUGUUCCUACUCCAUCUCCUCCCAGUGUCUUUCCAGCCCCUGCUGGCUCUGCUGGCACUCCUCCCCUUCCUGCUACUUCUGCAUCUGCCCCUGCUCCUCUUGUUCCUGCUACUGUCCCUUCCUCCACUGCCCCAGACGCUGCUGCUGGGGGUGCCCAGACCCUUGCUGAUGGCUUCACUUCUCCAACUCCCCCUGUUGUUUCUUCCACUCCCCCUACAGGUCAUCCUGUACAGUUCUACAGCAUGAAUAGGCCUGCCUCUCGCCAUACUCCCCCAACAAUAGGGGGCUCGUUGCCCUAUAGACGCCCUCCUUCCAUUACUUCACAAACAAGCCUUCAGAAUCAGAUGAAUGGAGGACCUUUUUAUAGCCAGAAUCCAGUAUCUCUUGCUCCUCCUCCUCCCUCCAUCCUACAGGUAACUCCUCAGUUACCUUUAAUGGGAUUUGUGGCCAGAGUCCAAGAAAAUAUUUCAGAUACACCACCUCCACCGCCACCUGUGGAAGAACCAGUCUUUGAUGAGUCUCCCCCACCUCCUCCUCCUCCAGAAGAUUACGAAGAGGAGGAAGCUGCUGUGGUUGAGUAUAGUGAUCCUUACGCUGAAGAGGACCCACCGUGGGCUCCACGUUCUUACUUGGAAAAGGUUGUGGCAAUUUAUGACUAUACAAAAGACAAGGAAGAUGAGCUGUCCUUUCAGGAAGGAGCCAUUAUUUAUGUCAUCAAGAAGAAUGACGAUGUAUUAAAAACAAAGCAAGCUGAGUCUGAACAAAUGGAUCUUUCCGCCAUCAUUUGUACAAUGCUGAGCUGUCUGGAUUGAAAUAAAAUGACCAUUUUUAUAUAUGUCAAAGGUAUAACAGCAUAACUGUGUAGCCAAAACAAAAUCAGAUUAAGACUGAUUCAGAAAAAUCUGGGAUCUUUCUCAGGAAUACUGUAUACCCUUGGGAUUUCUCCUCCUGCAGAAUCUGUGGCAUUGGAUGUUCUUCAUUGCCUGUGCUAAGGGGUUAACCUCAUGGCCCAGUGGGUACCCCAGCCCCUCCUUUUCUUCCACUUGUAUGAAGAGGAGGGAACCAACAUUUAAAUACCACACUUAACCAUUUUUACAAUUAUUUCAGAUGGCUUUUUUCCUCUGUGACACUGUAAAUUCUGCAUUCUCUCAGCACUUGAGUGCACCAAACGAGUGAAUGCUGAACUCACUUGCAUCCCUUCAUGUUUCUGUUUGUGGAUUAUAAGGAUGAUGAAAUGUGAAAGUCUCCCAACACUCUGAGGGUGGUGAACGAUUGCCACCCAUUUGAUUUUAAUGUGCUGCUGCAUGAGACUGCAUUGUUGCUAAUGGCCAGUGUACCCAGAUGUGAAGUGUGGUAGGCUGGUUCAUAUGUGGAGGUGGGUGUGUGAAGCUAGACACGAAGGUCCCUAAGGUUCUGAAGAGACUUGAGCUGUGGAAAUGCUCUUAGCAGGCAUCCCGAACCCCUGCCUUCGGUGCUGUUUUGAGGAGUAGGAUCUUGGAGUUCAGACCAACUAUGACUAUCAUUUCCUUCACUAUCUAGAAAAACGCUAUUCUACUUUGGAAGAGAAUAGUAGUUAUUUUCAAGUCUCCUGACAGUCACUGGGAGUACAAGGUUUGCUAAUGUGCUCUCUGGACGUUAUUAAUGGCCAGUAUUAGUUGCUGCUGUAUUACUGACUCGCUUAGCUGUAGAAAGGGUAAUACUCUCCUGAUUUUGUAUGAUUGGACUCUUAAGUAGCUGCUGUUAGUCAGAAUUAAAACCCAUCUCAGACUAAGAAUAUAAUGAAUAAGAUUAAUAGGCCAAAAUAUGUAUCUAAUCACAUUGAUAAAAAUUAAUAUAACUUUGACACAAUAAAACACAUUUCCCCCAUCUGUACAAUAAAUACAGCUUCAAAUUCAAUGGAGUCUGUAGGGCAGAUAACUUUAAUCAUCACUACUGUAGUCAGUAUAAGAAAUGUUGAAAAAAGUCCAGGAGGGCUUGUCUCUUUGUGCGUGGUCACUGUGAUGUUGGGCCAGCUCCUGUUCAGGUCCAGAGCUGCUAACGUGGGUUCUACUCAGUCCCAGUGACUUGGCCAGAAUAGAGCUUUGCCAGGUAACUGCCCUGUGCUAGGUGAAAGGGGAAAAGCAGUAGCUGGAUAUAUUUCAAAUGAGGUCUUGAACAAGUUCAGAAAGCGGAACUUGAUUGAAAAGUGAACAAGUGUAGUAGUGUGUGAGAAAACUCAGAUGGUGUCGGAUGCAGAAGUUAAUAUUCCACUUAUGUUAUCUGAGCAUUAAAAAUCAUCAGCAUUUAACUGAGACCCCGCUAUAGAGUUUCCUUAUCAAGACUUUUUGGUUUUAAAGUUGUUUUUAAUGCAUUGCAAGUUACAAUAGCUAUUUUGCUUUUAGAUUUUUCCCAGCACUUUGUAUUUAUUAGCUUUCAUUAACUUGCCUCCAGUAUACAUUCCACUUCGUGCUUUUCUUAGGUCAUUUCUACAUCCCUUAUUCCUUGUUUUCCUGCAGUGUAAUGGCCCUGAAUGUCCUCUGAGCCUUCAGCUCCAUUAUGGACCCAAACUAGACUAUACUUGGAUAAGUUAAGCUCUUCUUCGUGUACUGGUCUAUAAUUAGAAAAACUGUUUUAAAUUAGAUGUUCCCAUUAUUUAUUUAAACAGCUUUUUGCUGAGAAAGCUUAGUGGAUUAAUGAGGCAGAGGGUGUUUUGAAAUCCAAUAAAUAGUUCCCACAGGCUGGGUGUGGUGGCUUACGCCUGUAAUCCCAGCACUUUCGGAGGCCGAGGUGGGUGGAUCAUGAGGUCAAUAAAUUGAGACCAUCCUGGCCAACAUGGUGAAACCCCAUCUCUACUAAAAAUACAAAAAUUAGCUGGGCGUGGUGGCGCACACCUGUAGUCCCAGCUACUUGGGAGGCUGAGGCAGGAGAAUCACUUGAACCUGGGAGGCGGAGGUUGCAGUGAGCCGAGAUUGUGCCACUGCACUCCAGCGUGGUGACAGAGCGAGACUCCAUCAAAAAAAAAAAAAAAAAGUUCCCACAGCUCACCACUACAGAAGCAGGGAAGACAACUAUGCAGAAAACAGAGUUAGUGGUGGUCAGCAGGAAUGCAGCUGGUCUUUUGGACCCCUACUGGAUGGGGGCAGUGCAGAAGACACUGGUGAAGUCCUUUAUACUGAAGACCUGUGGUUGGGAGCAGGGGGAGUCCAUGGGUCUGCUGAUUUUUUUCCCCUAUUUAGUACUAAUGUGUGUGUGAUCUUUGUUUUACAAACAAUACCUUUUGGGUUUUCUGCAUAUUUUAAAAUUUUUGUACAGUUUUGAAUUCUAUAGAUUGUCUUGGAAGGAUACUGUGUGAUGGGCCAGGCACACAGUAAUUGGAGACUUUUAAUGUAUGUAAUAUUUCAUAGAUUGCAUGCUAUUAAUCGUCUGUGAGGGUAGUAUUUUUUGUUUUAUUGUAAGUUUCCCUUUUUUUAUAAAUUAAAAGAUGGUAUUAGGAAUUUCAAAUGAAUGCAGAAAAUCUUACAUGCUGUGUACUAUUAAUAUUAUAACAGACGAUCCAAGUCCAAAAUCUGACCAAUAAAGCAACCAUUUUAUCAAGAUAGAGGGAUUCUAAUGGGAGAGGGGAUUCUUCCCUCCUGAAGUUUGUGUGUCCAGUCCCCUUAAAAAAAAUGAAUAGUUGUCUUUUCUUGUCAUAUUAAUACUCGAAAGUCCAUGGUGGUAUUAAUGAAAGUACACUUUAUUGUUGCCUUUGAACUUAGGGCCAAGGCAAUAAAUCAGAAACAAAAAUAGUGCCAAUGUGUCAAAAUCUACAUCUGAGAGAUUCAGCCUCCCAUUUGGAAUAAAUAUGAAUCUUCUAAGCUAUCUUGUUUAAUAUUUUCCAUCAUUUAGCUACUUCCUAUCUCCCUCAGAGGCGCCUGCUGUUCCCAUUUUAGAGUUGACAGUGGCCUGCUAAUUUUGCUAUGUUCCUAAAAGUUACUGGGUGUGAGACAUUUUCAUCCCCUCCUUUUUCCUACUGCUGGUGUUUAUUAUCCAGCUAGACAAUAUUUUAUGCAUAUUUACCGUGAUGUCUGGACCAUACCUGCGCUCCUUGGCAGUUUAUGUUGAAGAUAACUAAAGAUUUUUCUCUUUGGGAGGCAUCAAAAUGAUGGUAGUUUGCUUUUAUCUUUUUAUGUUCAUUUUCUUUUAGUAGGUGACCUUUCUGCAUUAAGAACUGUUUUUAUCUUUUACUACCUUUUCUUUUCUCCUUUGUGGAGAGAGCAUGACAUGUCCUGAAGGUCACCUUUGCCUUUGAAAAAGGUUUGAUGGAGGAAUUCACAGGUGACUGACAAGUCUUUGAAAAGAAUGGGAUCUGUUCACUUCUGGUCUUUUUGGCCGGGAACUUCUGAUUGGUGUUAAGGUGGUAAUUUCCCCCAUAUGAUUUAGAAUCACUGAGUUUGAGCUAGAUGAAAUUUUUAAAAUUUCUGGUUGUCUCAUUAGACUGAUGAGGUGAGUUUUCUUCUUCAUAUGAACAGCUAGUUAAUAACAGCAGAGUUCUCACUCAGUGCUCAGUACUUAAUUUUCCACUGCACCACAACUGUCUUAACUAAAUGUGCUGUAUUUUUCUUUAAAAGUUAAGAGUUCUAUUUGGUGUUUUCAGGAAUAUACUUGAAAAGACAUGCCAUGUUUUGGUAAAUACCAUCAGAGUUGUGUAAAGGCGUGUACUAAGUGCAACCUUAAUUUGUGGAAAUAAUCUUCAUUUACCCCUCCUAAAACUACACUCAGUAUAAACACUUUCCCAUAAGGUGUGUGCAGUAAAAAUGUUAUAUUACUCCAACACUGGCAGGAGCACAGCACAGCAGCCUUAUUGGAGAGAGCCUUAUAAAAGUGAUUAAAUGGAGGCAUCGAGCUCAUUACAUUUAAGUUUACUUUGUGCUGACCUUUGUUCCUGUUUUGAGAAUCUCAUAUAAUUAUUAAAAAAAAAAAUUACAACGAAACGGCGGGGCCUAGCUGUGUAUAAAUGAUCCUUGCUGAAUAUCUUAAGGUUUUUUGUAAAAAAAAAAAAAGAAAAACCAACAAAAAAAGCUUAUUUUCACAUUAAAAUGAAACCUCUUUUGCAACUUAAGAAUUCUAUGGAAAAGCAGUUUUUAUCAUAUUUUGUGUCCAUGCACCAUUUUUCUUAAAAUGGCUUACAAAAAAGAAUGUAAACAAUUUGUGAUCUGGCCAGUUGUACUUUUAGCUCCCAGAGGGAGAGUUGGUGGUAUUAUGAGUUGAGUAAAAACCAUCCAGGGGAACUUGAGGGAGCAGUCUGUUGCCAGUAAUGUUCCUUGUGUGCCAUUAAACCACCUCCAGAUGAGUGGAGGAACAUCACUUUUUAAUUUUUUAAUUGUAUUUGGAAUUGUUGCCGUGUACUAAGAACUUGACCUAAAUAAAAUCCCACAAAGUAUA